UCGUGGCUAGUCCGUGGCUAACCGCUCCAAAUGCAUACUCUGGGGAGAAUGUCAGCUUUGAGGGUACUGAUCUCCAUCAAUAUCAUGGUGUCUGCUUCAACAAACAGUUCACUUAUGGACAGACAACAGAGUAGUUUCAUACUUCCUGUGGAAGCUAACACUUCCCUGUCUAAGCCUGUGGAUACAAAGGCUGUGCUCUCUUGCCCUCCGAUCACCCAGAAAGCUGUGCUGGUAACAAUAAGAUGGGAAAUAAUCCUCAGAGACAAGCCUUCCUGCACCAGAGCCUACAGGAGAGAUACAAAUGAGACCAGGGCCAUAAACUGUAGUGACGAGACAAUAUCCUGGGACCCCAGACCUGAUCGGAAUCCCGCCCUUCAGAUCGAUCCAGUGGCCAUCACUCAUGAUGGAUAUUACAGGUGUGAAGUGGUCACAACUCAUGGGCAUUUCUAUCAUGGAUAUCACCUGACAGUGUUAGUGCCCCCCGAGGUGACCCUGUUUCAACUUGAGAAUGGAACUAUCGUGUGUAGGGCAGCUGCAGGGAAGCCAGCGGCGCAGAUCUCCUGGACCCCAGGGGGAGAUUGUCACACUGUGGAAGAGCCACUGGGCAAUGACACAGUGACCGUCCAGAGUUCGUGCCGCUGGGAGGACCACCGGGUAUCUAAUGUGUCCUGCUCUGUGUCCCAUCAGACUGGCAACAGGAGUCUGUCCAUUGAGAGGAAUUCAGGAGACCAGUUACCACAAGAAUUUGUUGUAUGUAUCACCUUCUUUAUUUUGAUUACUUUGGUCAUUGUGGGAUCCAUUUGCCUUUUGAAAAUCGAUGCCUGCAGCGUAUUUUUAUAUUUUGAAGAAAAUACUAAUUAAACAGAAGUUACUUCAGUUGUUGAGGAGGAUGAAAUGCAAUCCUAUGCCAGCUACACAGAGAAGAGCAAUCUAUGACACUGUGAGCAGAGUGAGGAGGUCUCAGGUGUUACAAAACGAAGUUGAUGGGCUGUGUCUCCAUACUUCAUAAGUUACUUGAAUCUAGCACCAGAACAAAUGAAUAAAGAAACAGUAAAGCUACUCUUUUGAUUUUCUUAGAAUUCUAGAAUGGAAAAUAUAAUCAGUCUUUGAGAUCUUUUAAAACAACACAGGCAGAGCUAUUGCAUUCAUUUGAAUGGUUACAAAAAUUCCAUUUUAUGGUUAUGUGAAAAUUUAGUUAACCAUAGACCUAACUAUGGACAUUUAGAUGAUUUAAAUUUUGUUUGUUUUGCUAUUAUAAACAAUACCACAUAGAUAUAUCUCUUUGCAUUUGCUUGAGUAUAUUUGUACAAUAAUAUAUGAUAUGUCAAGUUGUAUCAACUUACAUUCCUUUCAACUGUAUUUGAUUCUGUCUUUUCCUAUACCAUUACUUUUAUAUCUGCAAGAUUGCCACUUUUUGUUUUUAAUCAACCAGUUAAUAAAUAUGAUGUCAGAGUAUAAUAAGAAUCACACUAUUUAACAAAACUGGAUUUAUGUUUUUGUCAUUUUUGUGGGAAAGAGCAGGAAUGAGAGAGGGAACACACGUGAGCAAUUAGUAUUCUGAAUGCAUUCUAUGGCUAUAGAGAUAUUGGUAACUAAUACCUAACAUUUUUGCAGAUGUGAUAAAUUGAAAAUGUGUAUUUUUAUGGUGUACAUUUUAUUGUAAGGUAUUGAGCAAGUAACAGAUUUUCAUUGACUACAUAAGCAGCUAAAUAUGCAUUAUGAAGAAUUUGGGUAUCCAUAAAAUAUGGUGCAUGUGAUAAGAGGAUAGCUAAUGGAUGACAU